UGUUAUCAACUGACAAGGUAAGCCGAUAACAACUGGGUUACAAGUUACAAUUAAGUAAUUUACAAAUGUGAAAAGUUGCAAUAGUUUUUUUUUAAUAAUAAUUAACGACUAACUACUAAUUAGUAAUUAGUUGUCUCUAGACAAGAAGUAUUAAGUAAAUGACAAUUACAAACAUUAUUGUUGUAAUUUUUUUCUUAGGUUUUUCAAAAUAGAUCUAUUUCCAGUUUUGAUCAUUUUUUCAUGUUGAUAGUAUGACAAUUUAAAACUUAUAACAUUAUUAUUUAUUUAUAUUGCCGUUCGCAUUACCUAAUCAAUUUUGAUGAAAACAAAUCGGUAAUAGGUUAUUACCUAAGGGAUCGUGUGAAACGAUGAGAAAAUAUCAACAGUUGCUGUUAGUGUUGGUGUCAUUUGUCAGUGUCUUUUCACUGUUGUUGUACAGGUAUGAAUAUAUGCAGCUUUUGAACGUCUUGGAAGUGCUAAACUUUUUUGGUUACACGGCCGACAACAUGACAAACUGUGUUCUGUUGGAGGAUAAGUUCUCUGUGGAUCUGGAAAACGACAAUUUGUUAGCGAAACCACCUGUCUUUUGGAUUAAACGCGAUCAAUACUACGCAUAUUCUGCCUUCUGGUCUGCUCAACAAAAGUCUGUUAAUUUGCUCAUUUUGGGCCCAAAAUCAGCUUUCUCUGGUUAUGAAUGUCGCGUGUGGUUUAAAAUGGCAGAUCAGUUUGUUUCCAAGCCAGCAAAACUUUCCUAUAGCAUAAGAACUACUAAUCACGAUCCAAAUUUUCAUCAAUAUGAGGUUCACUGCAAACCUGAUGACGUUCCUGUCAACACUGAGCCAUAUGGAGUUUUGCUGGGACGAGAAAAUUCAUUAAAACUGUUCAUACCGAUUGAUGUUCAAAAAGUAUCUCCCACCAAAGAUGAUCUGAUUAUAUGCAUUGCGCCAGAUUAUUCCGGCAUUCCUGAUACAUAUCUUGUGGAAUUCAUUGCAUAUCACUCAUUAUUAGGUGUUCGUCAUUUUGUAGUAUACGAUAUUGGCAUACACUAUAAAGUUCUUCAAUUUUUACGUUCAAUUGCUGGUCACAGAGACAUAUACAAAAGUUUAUCUACACUCUCUUGGCAAUUUCCUACGACAGAUCUACAAUUAGAAAGGUCAAUCUUACAAAAAGAUUGUAAGCAAAGAACAGAAGGGUUAGCUAAACAUAGUGUUUUAUUAUCAUGGGAUCAGUAUUUGAUGUUAAACAAGGAUGAACUUAAUUCUUUAAAGAAUGACAUGGGCUAUACAUUUGAAAUAAAGAAAUGUUGUAACAAUCGGCAGUUAAAAAAAUCCUGGCCCAUGGCCAUGAAGAAAACAAUAUGUGAAAAGACCAAUGAGACAAUUAGUACUAUUAUUGAUGAUCAAACAAUGAAUUACCAAUCACCUGUAAAAAUUGGAUCCAUACAUAGGCUGGAAGAACUAUGUGAAAAAUACAGUGGUAAAGAUGACAAAAGUAUGGCUAAGUAUUUAAUAAAUUUUGUUAAUAGUAAACUGUUGAGGUUGUGGAAAUCUCAAUUAAAAUUUUCCAUCACUCAAGCAACCAACAACAAUGUGAUUAAUCUGUAUAAAAAUUAUUCAUGAAUUUAUUUUGACUGUAACAUUUGAAAGGAAUUAUAUGCAUAUAUUUUUUUAAAGGAUAUUUUAUACAAAAUCAAAUAAAUAUUACUAUUUUUAAAUAAAUGAAGUAAUGUGCUGUCUUAUUUUUAAAUUUCAGCUUCCAAAAAACAUGAUAAAAUAAUGUAAAUAUAUAAAUUAAUAAAACAAAAAAAAAACCAAGUAAAACUAAAAUACUUCAACCAAUGCGUUGGAAGAUCACAGUGUU